UUUCUCAAGCAAGGCAAACUAGGAAGAGCUUGGAAAGAGACCACCCUCGGCGGAAUAAAUGCGACUAUACUACUCCGCUCCACUAGUACCCAAAAGUAAAGGAGCGUGUUUGCUUUCCCCCAUACAUUACUUGUAUUCUUCUCUCUCUCUCCGUGGGCGCACUUCUAGAGAGAGAGAGAGAGCUUCUGCGGAGAUCAGAUGGGAGGAAACUCAAAGCUGUUGAUAGCUAUGAUUGUUUUCUCGGUUGCCAUUGGAAGAGGCCAAUGGGUUGGUGCCCAAAUUCACCAUGUGGUUGGAGGUGACCGUGGGUGGGACCCCUCUUCCGACAUCCCUUUUUGGGCCUCCACCAGAAUCUUCUCCGUCGGAGAUAAAAUCUGGUUCACUUACUCGGCAGCACAGGAGAACAUCGUGGAGCUCAAAAGCAAGGAAGAGUACGAGGCGUGUGAUGUGAGCAACCCCAUUAAGAUGUACACCAACGGCUUAGAUAAUGUCCCUCUUGAAGAGGAAGGGAUUCGUUACUUCGCAAGCGGAAAGCCCGAGAGUUGCAAGAACGGGUUGAGGCUACAUGUGGAGGUACAACCUCAAGCAAAACACCACCACAUCUCUGCUGUUGUUACGUCGGAGGGCUCUGCUGGGGCCACCGCCGAUGCGCCCGCAUCCCCUUCUGCCUCAACACGUAUCAGUGGACUCUCUUAUCUACUUUUUGUUGGAAUAUUGCUUUGCCAUCUCAUCAAUCAGGGCCUGUAAUGAAGGAAAACUUUGUAAGCGAACUUUUGAAAGUUUUGCUGCAAUCCUUAAAACAUGAUUGAAACCUUCAAACCUUGUAUGCUCUAAACAGUUUCAAUGUGGGCAAAAUUAUGUAUUGUUUUGCCGCAUUACAUCGUUGUUAUGUUGGGGGUGCAAUAUAGCAUCCCAAUCCACUAAUUUGUAAGGUUUUUAUUUUUUAUUUAUCGAACUAAUGUGUAACUUUGGUUGCUACUCUUGUUGUCUGCGAUAAAGCAUUUCCGAACCCU